AGUUAGGAUAUGUCAGGGCAGCAACAGUAGCAGCAGCAGCAGGAGCAGCAGCAGGGACAUGUUUGAGUAAAAACCUUCGUUGUUUUCUCUCAGGAGCAGCUUUAAAUCUCCGCAUUAAUGAUGGGACAGUGUGGAAUUACGUCCUCGAAGACGGUCCUGGUCUUCCUAAACCUGAUAUUUUGGGCCGCUGCUGGCAUCCUUUGUUAUGUUGGCGCCUAUGUUUUCAUCACUUAUGACGACUAUGAUCACUUCUUCGAGGACGUUUACACUCUGAUCCCUGCAGUCAUCAUCAUAGCAGUAGGUGCGCUGCUUUUCCUUAUUGGACUCAUCGGAUGCUGCGCCACAGUGAGAGAGAGCCACUGUGGACUUACCACGUUUGUCGUCAUUCUCCUGCUGGUUUUCAUGACGGAAGUGGCUGUGGUGGUUCUCGGAUACAUUUACAGAGCGAAGGUUGAAAAUGAAGUCAACACUUCUAUCAUGAAAGUUUAUGAUGAGUACAAUGGCACGAACAGCAACGCCCAAAGCCGGGCCAUUGACUACAUUCAGAGACAGCUUCAGUGCUGUGGCAUCCACAAUUUCUCAGACUGGAAGCACACACACUGGUAUGAAGAAUCGAAAAACAACAGCGUUCCCAUCAGUUGCUGCAAAAUUGCAGGCUGCACAGGGUCUCUUACUCAUCCUGAAGACCUCUACCAAGAAGGUUGUGAAGCGCUGGUCGUGAAGAAGUUACAGGAGAUUAUGAUGUAUGUCAUCUGGACUGCGCUGACGUUUGCUGCCAUCCAGAUGUUGGGGAUGCUGUGCGCCUGUGUCGUGCUGUGCCGCAGAAGCAAAGAUCCUGCCUAUGAGCUGCUUAUCAGCGGGGGUACCAUAGCGUAAAAAGUGAAACACUUUUCUCAAUUUUUCUGAAUAUGUAUCAUUGGUGAGAGGAUGCAAAACCUGUGAUCAUACGUAUCUUUAUACACUAAAUACAAGUAAAUGUAUGCUAAAGUUAAUUUUUCCCCAAAAACCAUUUGGCCCAUUUUAUUUAACUCUUCAGAGAAUUGCACAUAAUACUUCUCCUUUUUGGUGGGAUCUGAGGUUUAUGUUUAUUUUCACCCAAGUCAAAUUUUGAAAACAUGAGUUAAGUAUAGACAGAAGAGUUUCCUUAUUGUGGUUUGCAUUAUUUAUAUUUUUGAAUCUAUUAUGUACUUGAAUGACAGAGGGAGAUUUCUAUUUUGUUCCUGCUUACUGAGGAUGCCUAAUACUCUGUUUAAAAUUUUAACGGCAUAAAAAAUGGACACCACCUUUUCCUGAUUCAGCAGCAUGGUUUUGUGUGCAAGUUCUUACAGAACUGGCUUUAACUUAUAUGAGCUUUAUUUUGGGAAAUAUAUGUAUUUAACCUUUGAUGUAUUAAUUGGUUUUCAGAUAGAUUUGUUUUUCUCUCAUAUCUGUUUGUUUGUCCGAGGUACUCUAUUACAAUAUGGUUUAUUCAUAUUGUCUCAUGUAGCAAUGAUGAGACUUAAGAAUGUAAAUGAUGUGUUUAAGUAAAAGUUUAAAACAAA